CGUGAAGGUAGGUCACAGUGAAAUGUGACAGUUAGCUGGCGGACGGGAGCCGAUUGCUUUCACAGAUACAUGCUUCACUGUGCCAUACUAGCAUCUUUAGGUGUAACGAAAUCCGGCGAUCUAUAGGGCACCCUAAAAGACUGUGAAGGAGGCCCCUGGUUGGCAUGUCGAGGCGGAGCAGAAACAGUAGAGCAUGGAGGUACGUUUGGAGCGGAAUCCGACGGGACGCAAAUGCAAGAACUUUAGUGCUCUCCGACGAAAGUGAGGACUGGAGUUAUGAACGGCAGCAGCAGUAUAGUGACUCUGAUUCCGAAGCUGAGUAUCCGGCCCUUGUGCCAGCAGUUCCGAGUGCUGUGCCCGUUACAGGAGAGUCAUACUGCAGCUGUGACUCGCAGAUGGAGCUCAGCUGUAACUCGCGGCUCAGAGGUUACACACACUUACGAGACUGCCACUGUGGAGAAGACGACCAAGAUUUUGACUGGGUGUGGGAUGAGGGCAGCCGGUCUUCUGCAACACUGUUAAGCUGUGAGAACAGAAAAGUGAGCUUCCAUUCGGAAUAUAGCUGUGGAACAGCAGCCAUUCGUGGCUCCAAAGAACUCACGGAGGGACAACAUUUCUGGGAGAUUAAAAUGACUUCCCCAGUCUACGGCACAGACAUGAUGGUAGGUAUUGGUACAUCAGAUGUGAAUCUGGACAAAUAUAGACAUACAUUCUGCAGCCUGCUGGGUAAAGAUGAAGACAGCUGGGGUCUGUCAUAUACAGGUCUGUUGCAUCAUAAUGGUGAUAAAGUUUGCUUUUCAACACGUUACGGCCAGGGUUCCAUUAUCGGUGUUCACUUGGACACUUGGCAUGGAACCCUCACCUUCUUUAAGAAUCGCAAAUGUAUCGGUAUUGCAACAACAGAGAUGAAGAAUAAGCAAGUGUUUCCGAUGGCAUGUUCCACUGCUGCCAAAAGCAGCAUGAAGGUGAUUCGCUCCGUCUCUGCCCCCACCUCACUACAGUAUCUAUGUUGCUCUCGUCUCCGCAAGCUGCUCCCCUCUGGAGUUGACGCACUUCGAGUUCUGCCCCUUCCGCCUGGCCUCAGACACCUUCUGCACUCCAAGCUGGGAUGGGUGCUGAGCCUGGAUCACACGCAUCCACAUGCACACUCGAACGCACAUACCUCGCCAGGGCCCUCCUCGGGUAGUGACUCCGAGGGAUGCUCUUCAGACCCCGAGGCCUGCCAGCGGAAACGUUGCCGCUGGACCUGAGGCUUUGUCUACGCCUCAUCCACUCACCCUGCACACGUUAAAAUGUCUCAACAAACAUGAAUAACUUUGAAAAAACAUUGAAGGUCUUUCGAGCCAGUUUGACUAGUUGUAUUGUUGGUAAGUAUUCAUUCUUCAGUGUUCAAAAGGUUGUUUGACCCUUCAGGUUCAAAUUGAGAUGUACUGAAUUACAGUAUUCAAAGUCAUUUUUUAUUCUGUACUGAUGUUCCAGAUACACAAUGGAAUGAAAUUCAUCAGCUUUUCAAAAAAUAUAUGCACCUUGUGAACAUGUUUUCAUGUGGGGAACAAAAACAUUACCAUCCGAAUGGCAGGCAAACAUCGAUACUGUACUUUGUACACAGAGACCCAUUUACUCACACCUAAACAAUCAAGUCAUGACAACAUACCAGCUUCAGUGAACUAUAACUUGCUCCAUUUGUUCUCAUCUCCCGGGGGCAGAAAAAGUAAUUGAUCAUAGAAAGUGACCCAUAUAACUCAUGUCAUUCUCCAGGACAGGCCAGAUAAACAUCUCUGCAUGUGCCAUGGUCUGUUCCAUCUUUAUAUUUGAUCUGUUAAUCACACAAUCAUUUUGUGUUUAAUUAUUAUGUCACUAACAAACUUGAAGUUUCCAACAGACAGUAAGUGAAUAAAUAAGUGAUGUCGUUAUGAAUAUUGUCUAAAAAAAUCAUGUGUUUUAAAUUCCAUGAAAUCAGGAAAAAUUCCUGUGACCGUUUUAUUACAUUUUUUUUCUCUUUAGGAAAUACUUUAGGUCAUAUGUGUGGUAUGUAGGCUAUAUUUGAACAGUAUUUCCACAGAAUUUUGUUUUCCUAAAAAUAUCUUGAUUCAGUUUUUAGACUGACUGAAGUUGAGGUUAAUUCAGUUUUCAGUCUGUGCAACAUCUCUACAUGAGGUUCAUAUUGAAUUCAUAAAGGGUUUUAUUGCUGGUUUUGUAAUUCAUUGUAAAGAAAGUAAAUCAUGUUUUUGUUAUGCAUAAAAGCACUUUCUCGCUUAUUUUAUGUAUAGAAGUAUAUAGAUAUACAGGUCCCCUGUACUGUGCUCGAUGCACAUUGUGUGUUAUAAGCGCUCUCAUAUUCUCUUUGUCUCCUAUAGUACAUUAAGCAUGGCCUUUUAUAUGAAAAUUUGGAAAAUUAUGUGCAUUGAAAAGGAGCUGGAUAUAGUUUUGUUUUCUUUUUGAAAUCUUAAUAAAGGUUUCCAAA